ACCCUUGGAGACCUUAGCUAGCUAACUAAGCUACAUAUCUGGAACCCACUCCCUCAGAUGUCCGUUAUGGAAAAACUGGACGCAGUAUCAGCGGCUACCUUACAAGCUGCAAACAUCAGUGAAGCCUUGUUACCAACCCUGUCCCGUGAAGACAUACGUGAUCUUUUUCCUGGACCUGAACAUUUUCUUAGGAGAAAAGCCAUAUGGAACCUGUUUCACACAGAUCAAGAGCAGGGGCAGCAGGCAGCAUCCCCCAAUCAAGAGAAUGGUUCGAAUGGCAGAGGGCUGGCCACUGUACAAGUCAACCCUUGUGUUUCAGAAACUCCUCGGUCUCCUGAUGUGCAAGAGACUCCGAGAACCUGGCAGCUACCCAACCCUGAGUAUGUUGUGUAUACUGACAGUGAGCUGGAACAUAUUAGAAAGCAGUAUUUUGAAAUGCAGCUUGUUGGCCAAGAAGGUGGAUGCACUCUUUCAAAAGAACUUCGCUGCCGAUUAGUGAGGAACACGGUGACCAACAUGGUGUCCAUCAUCAGAGCAACUACUACUGAAUUUAUGUAUCCAUCCAAAAAUGAUUUCCAGGCUAUGGCAAAGCGGCUUGUGGAGUAUUAUCCAAUGCUUCGUGAUAACUCUGUGAACUGCAGACACCCUUGGGAAUUGCUUUUUAAGCAAUUACUGAAAAGACUCCACAACAUAAAGACACCAAAAAAGCGUCAGGGACCUACACCACAAAGACAGAGGAAACGAAGACGACUGAAUUUGGAGUGUUCAGAUGAUUCAAGCACAUCAGUCUCCGAGUCACCAGGAAGCACGGCAUCAACUGUACUCUUAGACAGAACAAGAAGCAGCGCAUCAUCUUUGGAUGGCAUGAAUUCACCUGCUGAAAUUGUUGACCAGAGAGGAGAAGCUACUGAAGAUCUAGGAGUCCAUUCUGGCACUGAAAGUCAGCAAAGUCAAGCAAGACAUUACCAUACCCUGCAAGAGAUGUAUAAAAGGCCGAAACCUAACAAGGAGGCAGUUGCUCAGCUGCUUGACCUUGAGUUUGAUGCUCGUAGAGCCUUUAUCAACUCUGACACCUUGAGAGACCAGGACAGGCCAGCUAACAUACUACAAGCAUACCCCUGUUUCAGAGAAGUAGAUCAUGUUAUGGACGAACUUCGCCGUAUUCUUGACAGAUCUAACCCUGACUUUAUUUCUGACCUGAAGACCCGCUGGGAGAGCUUUAAUAGCAAAGCUCAGUUCUAUGGGGUAUUUAAAAAGGUUCUGGGACCGCCAACAACACAGGACAAAGUGACACGCUCUGUAGCCAUGAUGAAGGCUCUGCCUGAGAUGUUCCCUUCACCUGUGGCCCUACCCAAGAAGUUGGGACAUGCAAGUGAGGCGAUGGUGCAUGUUCUUGAGCCCACAGAAAACCCAACCACCUACCUUCAGAGAAGACCAGUCUUCAGUCCAGUUCUGAUCGUUUGUGAUAACAACUGCAUGCUGGCCAUUGGGUCUACACCUGUGACAACUUUUCCAAAAGAAAACAUAGACACAGGUGUGCUCUAUCUUUUAGCGUACUACUACGCAUUUCAUCUGACUUAUCCAAAGUGCAUUGCAACACUCCUGUCAAUACUUCAGACAGAAGUUCUGCAGGAUGCCAUUCAUGAUCGGGAUGCAACUUCAUCCUACAAAAAAACUUUGUCAGAGUGGAAAAAGUUCAUUGGGGAGUAGAGAAAGUACCCUAUGGCCAUGCAGCAGUUGCUAUCAUUACGGGUAUUUGUUACACCCCUACUGAUAAUGUGAUUUGAUUUGUAUUACAUACAUCAUUAUUUGGUCAGUCAAACAAUUCAGAUGAAAAAAUGUAAGAUGUUUGAUGUGUAAAUAAUAGAGCUGGUUGUUUACUACGUUUGUGUUUAAAUAACAAAGCUGCGUUAGGUAUCUUAGUUCAUAAAAAUGCUCUUUCUCAGAGAAGUUUAAUUGUUAAAAAUAAAACACCAUAACAAACUCAGGAACAUGGUGUUCUUUUGUUUAUCUAAGCCAAAAGAGACAUGUGUCUUUUGUUGUAAGUUUUAAAAUGAGGUUGAGUUACCACCACCAUACUGCACACUUGUUAAAUUCUAUGUAGCCUCAUUGGAACUAUUUUUGUAAGUACAUAUUUCAUGUCUCUGGAAUUAAUAAAAAAAGAUUGACCAUA